GCCCAGUCUGAAUGCAGAGGACUCUUUCACCAGUCACCACAAAGAGUUUCCAUUUCCAUAACCUUUAAAGUCAUAGAUUUCAGAUAAAGAUUGAGUUGAAGAUGACUACCAAGAUUUGGAUCAAUCUCUCCAUCUUAUCUUUACUAAAAGCAGCCUCAUCCCUUUCCGGACCCUCAGAGGUGAAGAGUGUAGUUGGUGAAACAGUCCACGUCUCCUGCCAGUAUCACCAGUUCAACAGGGACAAGGUCAAAUUCUGGUGCAGGGGUUAUCACUGGUAUUUCUGCACAGUUAUCAUUCGAUCUGAUCAACCUAAACAUCUGACCAGUGAUAUUCAGAUAUUGGAUGAUAAAAACCUUGGGUUAUUCACAGUCAGUAUGAAAGGAGCAAAAGCUGAGGACAGUGGCUGGUACUGGUGUGCAAUUGAAAGAGCCAGCAGAACUUUGGCGUUUCGUCUUCAGCUGACUGUCUCCGAGUGGCUUGUAUCUCGGCUCAAAACAGAAACCACAAAACAGUUCAACGAGACCUCAACUUCCCCAACAACGUUGACAACACCACGGUCCACACCUUGUAUGACUCAAACAACAGGUUUCAUAUCUGCUACAAGCAAUUCAACAAGUGUGACAGUGUUCUUGGAUCAAGAUGAUCCGGUGUGGAAAGUAUGGAGAGUACUGCGCUGGAUGCUCUUCCUCUUCCUGUGUCUGUUCCUUGUUCUCUUCAGUAUACGAUGCCAUCGCUGAUAUUUGUACCAUUCCUGCCGAUAUAUCGCUUGCCUCAGUGUGUGCUACAUUUUCCCCAAAUCAAAAUGUACCAAAUCAAAAUAGUUGAGAAUGUUGUUUGUUUUAAUUUAUGAAGGUAAAACAUUCAAACAUGCACAUAUAUAUUAAUAAUAAGCAAAUACAUUGAGGUCAUAACAUGUUCCGAGAGAUAUGAAUGUAUAGAGAAACAAUACUAAAGAUGUUGGAUCUUAAUUUGAACCAGUUUGCAGGAAAAUAAAUCUGCAGCAACAGAAAAUGUGGAUUUGUCACGUUCUGACCUUGGUCAGGGCGUGAGUUGGGGUGGGCAUUCUAUGUUGUUUUUCUAUGUUUUGUUCUGUUGUUAUAUUUCUAUGUGUUUGGCCUAGUAUGGUUCUCAAUCAGAGGCAGGUGUCAGUCGUAUUUAGCCAUAUUUAGGUAGCCUGUUUUCUAUUGUGUUUUGUGGGUGGUUGUAUCCUGUGUUUUCACCAUACGGGACUGUUUCGGUUGUUGGUUUGUACUUUUGUUAUUUUGUUCAGUGUUCUGUUGAUUUAUUAAAUAUAUCAUUAUGGACACUUA